AUGAAGUUGUUGAAGUUAUCGGAGAUUUCCAUCAGAAAAUGUGUACGACAUUCCAAUCAGAUGACCGAUGUAGGAACUAUACCGUAUCAUCUCGUAAGGCCCAUUUUGAUGAAGUUGAAUAGCAAACAAUUAAGAUUGAUUGAAACUAAUAGUCCUCAUCUCAAACCUAACACAGAUGAAUUAUGGAAAACUUUAAUCAUGAAGGAUUUCCCUUCCAGACCAAAUCGUCCUUUGAUUAUUACAUCGUCUCCCAUGCCUAAUAAGGAAUUAUAUGAUCUAUACGAAAACGAACAGGAGAACUUCAGAAAGGAUUCCACUGAACGUUUAAAAAGAAUGACACAAAAGCUAAAGACAGAAAAAGAAGAGAAUAGCGUUAUAGAAGUGGAGCAAAUAUUGAGAGACCCCGUAGUCAAGGGGUAUAGAGGACCAAGGAAUAGUAUUUUGAAUAAGGCAAGGAAAGAGUUGAUGGGAAGAUCUUUGAUGUUUCCAGGAAAGAAGAGAGACACUCUGAUGAUAAGACCGAUAAGAGAAAGGCGACCUCAACAAACCCCAGUCGUAGGUGGAAGGUUCUCAAGACCCACGACAUCGCCUCAAGUUCAUAAGGUUGUGAAGCCUGCGAUAACGAGACCUGUAGUCAACAAACCUGUGAUUACCAAUCCGGUAGCUACCAUUAACGAACCCACAAUCAAACCAACAGUCAAAUCCACAGUUAAGCCCACAGUCAAACCCACAGUCAACCAACCACAAGAAAUAGAUAGAGAGAAAAUAGAUCGGAUGAAAAAGAAGAAACCUUCUAUAUUUAUGACUUCACCUCGAAAGAGGGUCAAACCAGUUGCUCCUCCACCUAAGAAACGACCUGCCGAACCUACAGAGACUCCUAUCAAACGAAUAAAAUCCCUGGUUUUUAAUUAA